CGUGGCCGGGAGUUGGCUGUGUCCCGCCCCGGGGAGGGGAGGGCGCUGGGCCCGGUACUUGAGCACAGCGCUGCCUGCGCCCUCCCGCAGCACCUCGGGCCGAGCAGCAGCACAGCAAGAAGGAUGUCGGACGGCUUCUCGCUCAAUGAUGCCUUAUCUGGACCUGGACACAAGAACCAGCAAGGAUGGCCUGGGGCCUGGGGGAACCAGCCCGGGGCAGGGGGAUACCCAGGGGCUGCCUAUCCUGGUGCCUACCCUGGGCAGGCUCCUGGGGCUUACCCUGGACAGCCGCCUUCUGGGGGCUACCCAGGCCAGGCAGCCCCUGGCGGUUAUCCUGGGCAGGCACCAGGUGCCUAUCCAGGCUCCAGUGGGCCUGGCUCCUACCCUGGGGCCACACCUGGGGCCUACCCUGGGGCCACUCCCUACGGUGCACCCUCUGGACCGCUGACAGUGCCCUAUGACCUGCCCCUGCCCGGUGGAGUCAUGCCGCGCAUGCUCAUAACCAUCAUGGGCACAGUGAAGCCCAAUGCCGACAGACUGGCCCUGGACUUCAAGCACGGGAACGACGUGGCUUUCCACUUCAACCCGCGCUUCAAUGAGAACAACAGGAGAGUCAUUGUGUGCAACACCAAGCAGAACAACGUCUGGGGGCGGGAGGAGCGGCAGCAGGCCUUCCCCUUUGAGUUCGGCCAACAGUUCAAGAUCCAAGUGCUGGUGGAACCGGACCACUUUAAGGUGGCGGUCAAUGACUCCCACCUGCUGCAGUACAAUCACCGGGUGAGAAACUUCAUGGAAAUCAACAGACUGGGGAUUUCUGGCGACAUAACCCUCACCAGUGCGUCGUACACCAUGAUAUAAUCCGGAAGGGCAGAUGCUCCAGUAAAGAGGAUCCAGUCCAAACCUUACCUGUUCAAAGGCUUCAGGCACAUUGCAGGUGGAAAGUUUUACAUUUGUGCAUCAAUAUUCUCCUCAAAAGUCAUUCAUUUAAUAAAUGUCACGCUAAGAGUCA